AUGAUCUCAAUGAUGUUUAUCACAGUCACACUUUCGCCCUCGAUCGCAAAUACUGGAGAUGACACUUGUGGUGAUCCAGCCAACAACAACGGCAAUAACGCAGAAACGGGCCUCCUUAGCAAUGGCAGCAGCGGACGGCGAGAAAUCAAAGAAAUGAUGAAGCUGUACACUGUUGAGAAGGGUGUGGCGGAUUCCAACGUCCGUGAAGUCCAUGCGGAAAGUGUUCUCGGUGUCGCAGACUCUCCAAUGGCUGAACUAUACCCUUCGUUAGCGCAAUGCGCCAUUGUCGCUGCUGCGUUCAAGGUUCUGCUUUUCCCCGCAUACAAGUCUACCGAUUUUGAAGUUCAUAGGAACUGGCUCGCCAUCACCCACUCCCUUCCGAUUCAAGAAUGGUACUAUGAGAAAUCCUCAGAAUGGACUCUCGAUUACCCGCCGUUCUUUGCGGCGUUUGAAUGGUUAAUGUCGCAAGCGGCCGCAUAUGUGGACCCUGCAAUGCUGGUUGUGAAGAAUCUGGGCUAUGACUCGUGGCAGACCGUGUACUUCCAAAGAGCGACUGUCAUUCUGACAGAAUUUGUUCUUGUAUACGCGCUGAGUCGAUUCGUCAAGUCUGUCCCUCUGCCGAACAAGCAAGCUGCACAUGUAGCUAGUCUUUCCAUUCUGCUAUCCCCGGGCCUCUUCAUAAUCGACCACAUCCACUUCCAAUAUAAUGGAUUCAUGUACGGCAUCUUGAUCCUGUCAAUCGUCUUGGCCCGCAAGCAGUCGACCCUUCUGUACAGCGGGAUCAUGUUCGCAGUCCUGCUGUGCAUGAAGCACAUCUAUCUCUAUCUUGCCCUUGCAUACUUCGUCUACCUCCUUCGCGCCUACUGUCUGGAUCCUAGAUCAGUAUUCCGCCCUCAGUUUGGAAACACCAUCAAGCUUGGAGUAUGCGUUGUUGGUGUGUUUGCCAUUGCUUUUGGUCCCUUUGCGCAAUGGGGCCAAUUGUUGCAACUCAAGGAUAGGCUCUUCCCAUUCUCGCGGGGACUGUGUCAUGCCUAUUGGGCUCCGAACAUUUGGGCUAUGUACUCGUUCACAGAUCGAGCUUUAAUUCCUCUUGCUCCCAAAUUGGGACUCCAUGUCAACACCGAUGCUUUGAACAGUGUUACACGAGGACUUGUGGGAGAUACUGCCUUUGCAAUUCUUCCCGAGGUCACCAAGGAGCAUACCUUCUUGCUAACCUUCUUGUUCCAAUUGAUUCCUUUAGUCAAGCUCUGGUUCCGUCCAGACUGGGACACUUUUGUCGGAGCAAUCACGCUCUGUGGCUAUGCCUCCUUCCUCUUCGGCUGGCAUGUACACGAGAAAGCCAUUCUCCUCAUCAUCAUCCCCUUCAGUCUCAUCGCACUGAAGGACCGUCGAUACUUCAGCGCUUUUCGUCCUCUGGCGGUGGCAGGACAUGUCUCGCUCUUCCCACUGCUGUUCACAGCAGCCGAGUUCCCCCUGAAGACUGUGUACACGGUAUUAUGGUUGGUGCUAUUCCUCUUCGUCUUUGAUCAGGUUGCGCCCGUCCCAGAACGGCCUCGUAUCUUCGUCUUUGAUCGACUGGCACUGCUCUACCUAACCAUCUCCAUCCCUCUGAUUGUAUACUGCUCCCUGGGUCACCAAUUAAUCUUCGGCUGGGACAGACUCGAGUUCCUGCCAUUAAUGUUUAUGAGCAGCUAUUCCGCACUUGGGGUUGUUGGAAGCUGGGUGGGAUUCAUGGUGGUGUAUUUCACCGCAUAG